AUGCAUCACCCCACCCUCUGCGCUGUGGCGGUCGCCUUGCUGUCCGCCCUCCCAGGAGCACAGGCAGGGCUCUACACUAAGAAAUCACCCGUGUUACAGGUGGACGGCAAAAACUACGAGAGAUUGAUUGCUAAGAGCAAUUACACCUCCAUCGUCGAAUUCUACGCCCCAUGGUGCGGUCACUGCAAGAACCUCAAGCCGGCGUACGAGAAGGCGGCCAAGAACCUCGACGGCUUGGCCAACGUCGCCGCCGUGGACUGCGACGAUGAGGCGAACAAGCCCCUUUGCGGAUCGAUGGGCGUCCAAGGCUUCCCGACCCUGAAGAUCGUCCGGCCAAAGAAGGGAGGAGGAAAGCCGAUGGUCCAGGACUACCAAGGACAACGGACAGCCAGCGCCAUCGUCGAGGCCGUCGUGCAGCAGAUCAACAAUUAUGUUGUCAAGGUCGAGGACAAGUCGCUGGAUAAGUUCCUGGGCGACAAGGAGGCACCCAAGGCAAUUCUAUUCACGGAGAAGGGCACCACCUCGGCACUUUUGAAGAGCGUCGCCAUCGACUUUGCGGGCGUGAUCACCAUCGGCCAGGCACGGAACAAGGAGGCGAAGGCGGUUGAGACUUUCGGCGUCGAGAAGUUUCCGACUCUGGUUCUCCUGCCAGGCGGUGACGCUGAUGCCGUUGUCUACGAUGGGGAGCUAAAGAAGGAGGGGAUCGUCAAAUUCCUUUCGCAAGCCGGACAACCGAACCCGGUUUCGCCGGUGAAGGGUAACGGCAAGAAAAACAAGGAGAAAAACAACAAAGCCUCCGACAAGGCCUCGUCCUCAUCCGCCGCGCCCGAGUCCAAAACAGAGACCGCCACGCAGGAAGCACCGGUCAUCGUCGAAACCGCGUUACCCAUCCCCGCCAUCAACUCGCCCGAGAAGCUGAUCAAGGAGUGCUUGACCGAGAAGUCUCACACCUGCGUGCUGGCUAUUGUCUCCUCAAGCGAGGACGAGAAGGCCAAGAAGGCGCUCGGCAGCCUCUCUGAGCUGGCCUUCAAGCACGCCCAGAGCAAGCGCAACCUGUUCCCCUUCUACGAGGUUUCCAAGAGCAACGAGGGGGCGGCGGCUCUUCUGAAGUCCCUCGAUCUCGUCGGGGACGUGGAGAUCAUCGCCAUCAACGCCCGCCGCGGCUGGUGGAGGCACUAUGACGCAGCUGACUUCGGGCACGAGAGCGUCGAGAGCUGGAUCGACGCCAUCCGCAUGAGCGAGGGAGUGAAGAAGAAGCUGCCCGAGGGCAUUGUUGCCAUUGCGGUGGAGGAGCCUACGUCAGCUACCCCAGAAGCGUCGUCGGAGGCCACCCCCGAUGCCACCGAGGCCGGCGAGAGCGAGGAAGCCACCCCGGUUACCCCCGAGGCUAGCGGUGACGCGGCCGACGACUCCGCCGAGUCCACGUCGACUCAGGCCGCUGACCCCACUGGGGAGCCCGAGACCGCGCACGACGAGCUUUGA